AUGUCUCGCAGGAGCCCGCUGGUCUCUCCGCCUGCGACCCCUCCCCCGCGACUCGCGCAGCACUGGGAUGAGGAGGAUGACGAGACGGAUGCGCCUACGCGCAAAAAGAGGUGGUAUCACUACAUGCCGCUGUUCUUGGCGGUCGUCCUUAUGCUACUCCCGCACCCGUCCCUCCUCAUCGUCCUGGUCAACUACCACCUGCGCGUGCUCAACUCGCCGCUCCAGUUUCUCACUCAUCUCACUGUCACAUACACUCUGAGUUUCCUUGCAUUCUCCUCGCUCAUACUCAUACUGGCGCGCGAUCCUGGGCCCGUCUCGCUGGGAAAGGAGACGGAGACGGGUGCGACAUCCGAUGAGGAGGAUGGGAUGAGCUUCAUGCAGGCGCUGCUGGCGCCCGAUGAGCGCGAAACACAAGGCCAUGGGCGGUGGUGUCGGAAAUGCAACGCGCCGAAGCCGGAGCGGACGCACCAUUGUAGUACGUGCGGAAGGUGCGUGCUGAAGAUGGACCAUCAUUGCUUGUGGCUUGGCGACCGGUGCAUAGGCCACCGUACGUACUCCGCUUUCCUGCAUCUUCUUACGUGCGUCAGUCUGCUAUCGAUCUACAUCGCUGUUCUCUGCAUCGAGGCGGUAUACUUCGCUUUCACAAACCCUCUCUCUAUCGAUGAAAACACACCUCUGCACGACAUAUACCUCGCAUUCUACGGAAUCGUUAUGGCCCUCGUUUUUGGUUCUUUUUGGAUAUAUCAUCUAUACCUUACGACAACCAACCAAACAACCCUAGAACACCUCUCUCCCUUCCUUCUCCUCCGCCACCUCCCACCACUACCACCUCCAAUUAGCGGAGUGAAAGGUCUCUCCAACCCACCACAAGAGUUUGAGCUCUCAUACCCGCAACGGCGCCUGGUGCGCGACGCGCACCAUCACGUCCGUCUGUACGACGUCGGCUGGCGGAAGAAUUGGGGACAGGUGAUGGGGUGGGAUCGGCCGUGGGGCUGGAUGUACCGCUUACUAGUAGGCGGCGGAGGGAAAGGAGAUGGGAAGUCGUUUCCGCGCAAUCCGCGCGCGGAAGGGAUGCUCGCGCGCCUGGCAGCCGAGCUAGUUUCUGCGGACAAAGACUGA